AUGUCGUCCAUCACCCACGAAGCAAGUAACCAGGCUGAGCCUUCGAUUCUUGAAGCUGCCGCUGCACAACAAUCAUGGUCCGUGGAGAAAGUAGUCAAGGAAGAAUUCCCCGUCGUACCAAAAGAGAAUUCGCAAUCACCUGUACCAUUCUUUCACAUGCUGGAGAGAUUGAAGACGACCAAGCGGGAAGGAUGGCGUAGAUUUGGUAUCGAGAGAGGAGAAUCGAUUUCCGAUCACAUGUAUCGCAUGUCACUCAUUACCAUGUUCGCACCCAAAUCUCUCUCUUCCAAGAUCGACAUUGCGCACUGUACGAAGAUGGCUCUCGUUCACGAUAUGGCAGAAGCUCUGGUUGGAGAUAUCACACCCGUUGAUAACGUACCCAAGACCGAGAAGAAUCGUCGCGAAGCUACCACGAUGGAUUAUUUUACCAAGAAUCUCCUCGGUCGUGUGAAUGGUGGAGUGACUGGAGAGGAAAUCAAGAAAAUCUGGCAAGAGUAUGAGGAUUCGGAGACAUUGGAGAGUAAAUUUGUCCAUGAUGUCGACAAGGUAGAAUUGAUUCUGCAAAUGGUGGAAUAUGAACGUGCGGAUAAGAAUGGAUUGGAUUUGGCGGAAUUUUCAUGGGUUGCCACGAAGAUUGUUCUUCCCGAAGUGAAAGCUUGGGCUGAUGAAAUUUUGGCGGAGAGAGAGGAAUUCUGGGCGGGUAGAGAACAUAGAGUGUUUGGUGAGCUUCAAAAACCGGAUGAGAAGAGAGUGGCUCAACAUGAUCAAUAUUAUGGAGGAAAGGAGAAUAAGGCUGCGGAAGUUUAGACGUAAUGCGACGGGUGGAUAUGGAAAGGAUGAAUGGCGUUGGGAAGUGGUAGAGAUGAUAGCUCUUUUGAUUGUAAUGGAUAGUUAGAUACCAGAUACCCGAUGCCCGACACAGAUAUCAGCAUCGAUAAUAGCUUACUUGAGUAGCAGAUUGGGAAUUCCCCAGAUUUAAUAGCAAGUCUGUAGUAUUAUUUGAGUGUGGACUACGCAUACGAUUUGUGUU